ACAGCGACGGAUGCGAAUACAAAACACACGGACGCCGGCGUGUUCGUCGCCAAAAGCACAACUACGUCAGUGUGUGUUGAGCAGCCACGGAGUGAAGACCUGCGUGUCUGCCCUCCCAUUCCCCAUCCAGGCUCCUUCACGCGAGGAAGAGACGAAUCGGCAGCUAAGUUUAACAGAAUAAACAAACUUAUUACAUAAAAAAAUGGAGGGCUUCAAGCACAUUCCCGUCAAACUGGGAGACUUCAGCGUGAUCGACCAGGAGUUCAAUUCCAUUCGGGAGAAAUUCGACAGUGAAAUGAAGAAGAUGGAAGAUGAGAUGGCUCGCUUCCGUAAUGAACUGAUGAAUCGGGAAUCGUCUCUCUUCCAGCGCUCAAUGCUCACUUCCUCCAGGUUGCCGCCCUUCAUGUCUAACCCGCUCGCGACAACCCAGAUGACCGGCCAGGUGGCACCCGCGCCCUCCAUGGCACCCCCUCAGCCCAGCACGAAUUAGUAAGAGCGCGUGUGACCUCACUUUGCCCUCCCUCCC